AUGACACUGAAUUUCGAGGUUGUUCUCAUAGUUUCGCCGUCAGUUUCGUGGACGAUAUUUUGGACAGAAGCCGAUUUGUGCAGUGCAGGCAACUCUGCUUGGAUUGGUGAACGGCUCCUCUGUGGCUUUGUUUUCUCAGUGGCCUAUUGGGUAGCAGCAGUCGCAAGUUGGAUGGAAUUCUUUCUUGAGGCAUACUUCACUUCGUUUUUGAAAGUUUACUGGAUCAGCUUGUUAGGAUUUUUGAUGUGUCUGUGCGGAGAAACCCUUCGCAAAUUGGCCAUGAUUCAUGCAGGAAGUGGUUUCACUCACCGUCUCGCGCUGUCGAAGCGUCCAGAUCAUCGACUGGUCACUACGGGUAUCUAUGCCUAUCUCCGACAUCCCGGCUAUACUGGCUGGUUCAUGUGGAGCAUAGGUACGCAAGUAAUACUAUGUAACCCAAUUUGUUUAUGUGCGUAUGCUUACGUUAGUUGGCACUUCUUCAACGAGCGCAUUUAUGAUGAGGAAAGGGAUUUGAUCAACUUCUUCGGUCAACAAUACGUGAAUUAUCGAAGAGACGUUUGGGUUGGCGUCCCAUACGUAAAAGGAUUCGAAUCUUAG